CUUGUUAUAAAGAUUAUUUUCAUCAAGGGACAUCGACACAAAGCGAAGAUAUAAACAGAGCUGAACAAAAUACUGAGAUGGAGUUUUCUAAGAAAAAAGUCCGAGAAAUAGAAGACUCCUUCCAUCAACCAACUGCAACAGUGGUUGACACUGUUUUGUUCUAUUGCUUCAUCAAAAAUGCGGUAACAAAAAGUUAUAUAGAGAAGGUUUUCCGAAGCUCUGGAUAUGUAAGAAAAGAAAAAGGAAAAUACAUUUGCCUUUCGCCGGACUUCACCAAAAAAUUGAUAGAAAGAAUGGAUACAGAUAUACUUAUCCAUAAAACUAUUAGUGAUAGCAGCAUUCAUUCCAUUGUCAGUGAACAAUUACGUAUUCCGGAGGAAGUAUUGAAGUGGGAUUAUGAUGCAAGGAAAAGGUUUGUAGAAAAGAUAGGAAAAGACGCAGAAAAGAUAUACAGAUCUAGAGGAAUGAUCGUUGGAUGUGCAGGCGCGGGAAAAACAACUCUUCUGGAAAGGCUUCUAAAUAGAGAUUUAGUUGAAUUACCUAAGACUGAAUCAACAGUUGGACUAGACAUCCAUGACAGUUUAUUCAAAAUUUCUGAGGAAACGAACAAAAUGAUUGGUAAUAUUUAAUAAAUC